AUGACAUGGAGGCUGCGGAUGCAAGCUGUCAAAUUCGAAGGCAAAUCCUACAGAUGUGCAGCACAGCUGUAUAAUGUCCCCACAACAACUCUGGUUGACAGAUGCAGUGGUCGUAUAACUCAUGGCAUCAAAAGUGGCCCAGGAACCAUCCUUUCUCCAGAAGAUGAAGCUAAACUUGCUGUCUAUCUUGUUGACUGUAGCAAUAAAGGAUAUGGGAAGAGUAAAGACAUAAUAUAUAUGGUUACCUGCAUACCUAAGAAAAGAGGCCAUAGCACUAAAGGUGGUUCACUGAGUAAAAAGUGGUGGCAAGGGUUCCUCAAGAGGCACCCAGAAAUAUCAAUGAGGGCCUCCCAAAAUUUUUGUGUUGUGAGGACCCUUGUCACCCAUAACAUGAUCCACACAUUUUAUGAGAGGCUUCUAGAAGCUAUGACCACCAAUGGUGGAAGUCUCUUGGAAAAACCAGCUCAUAUCUACAAUUGUGAUGAGAGUGGUUUUAGUUUUGAUGCCAUCAAUAAGAUUGUAGCAGCUGCGCGUGGUAUAAAACAUGUACCAAGAGUUUCAAAGGGGCAACACAAGAAGGUAACUGUCCUGGCUUGUGCUUCUGCAGAUGGCAAUACAAUGCCCCCCAUGUUCAUAUACAAAAACAAGUCUGGUAGGGUGCCUGCCUCCGUUCAAGAGGAAGCCCCUCCUGGAACCUUAUUUGCCGCCCAGAAGUCCGGCUGGAUAGACAAAGAUCUAUACCUGAAAUGGUUUAAAAGUCUCUUUGAUGGCCACAAGUCACAUGUCACUGAAGAUCUAAUCAAAGAAGCUGUGGCAAAUGGUAUUGCUAUUUUCUGUCUUCCUGCUCACUCUUCCCAUCUUCUUCAGCCGCUUGAUCUUUCAUUGUUUGGUCCUCUCAAGAGGGGCUGGGUCAAAGCGUGUGCAGCAUUCAACCAUGUAGCGUCAGUUGUUGUGUGUCAAAGAAACUUCGCCAAAAUCUUCAAUGUAGCUUGGCACACAUCAAUCACACCUGAAAUCAUACAAAGUGGCUUUAAAAAGUCUGGCAUCUUUCCAUACUGCCCAAACAAGUUUGACUACUCCAAACUUGCAACAUCCAUUCCUGGAGAGUCCAGUCAGAGUCAUGAAGUACCUAGAGAAUCCAGUCAGAUACCUAGAGAGUCCAGUCAGAGUCAUGAAGUACCUAGAGAGUCCAGUCAAAGUAAUCAAUUCACCAGUGAAUCAAUCCAAGCUGUUCUUGAUUUGUACAACCUCGAAAAGAUCUUAACAAAAGAGCAGAGAGAGAAGUUCAGGCGACAUAUGGAAAACAGAUAUGACCUGGAGGUCGACACGCUGUACCUGACAUGGAAGGAGCUGUUUGUUGCAGCAGGAGGUAAACAAAAUCCCAUGGAUGGCUGCCCCUGCAAUGGUGCGUGCAGUUGCUCCUGUAGAGGAUUUGGAUUUUGCGAUUGCAUAGCAAUCUCGUCAAAUCAAGCUCCCCCAACACCUAAACAGACCACAGUCACAUUAGCACCUGUGCCUUACACUAUAUACUGA